AUGCGUCUACUGCACGCGUUCUUGCCCGCAGUGGUAUUGAGCCUCGAGCUCCUACCUGCUCCUGGCAUCAAGCAGGAAGCCAUCUCAUUCUCGCACUCAAACCCAUCGUGGCGACUUGCGGACUCGUCGCGCAAGAUCUUUAUUACAACCAGCUUGGCGGAGCUGAGGGACGACGACGGCCUCACCCUUAUCCCACCAUCUGGUCUCGACUUUGCCGAGGUUCUGCAAGAAGACUUGCACUCCAUCACCGGGGACGACUGGAGUAUCGAACAAGUUGACUCACUGCCCAAGGGAGGAGAUGGUGGUUUCCUGUUGGGGGAGUACGACGGCGACGACGAACUGACUUAUGAGAAUGGCAACCCCACCACGGAAGGCUAUGCUCUCAGCAUUGCCCCGUCUGGCAUAUCCAUCCUGGGUACUGGAUCAAGGGGUGUGUUCUGGGGCACAAGGACCGUUCUGCAAAUGCUGCUUCUCAACGAGACGAUCCCUGCUGGCUCGGCUGUGGACGCUCCAGCCGUUGCGACGCGAGGCUACAUGUUCGACGCGGGACGCAAGUGGUACACCAAGGACUUCCUCAAGGAGAUGUGCUCGUACGCGUCCUUCUUCAAAAUGAGCGAGUUUCACUACCAUCUGAGCGACAACUACCCCUUGAACCGUGGCAAGAACGACACCUGGCAGGACGUCUACUCCCACUUUAGUCUUCUGCCCGAGGAUGAAUCGCUGCUGGGCAUCAUACACGGCAGGGAGAACGAGACACUCUCCAAGGAGGACUACAUGGACAUGCAGUCACACUGUGCUAGACGUGGCAUCGCUGUGAUCCCCGAGAUCGAGGCCCCUGGCCAUUGUCUGUACGUGACAAAGUGGAAGCCUGAGCUGUCGCUGGAGAAGCGCGACCUACUCAACCUAUCCCACCCGGAGACGAUCCCCACCAUCAAGAGCAUCUGGGAAGAGUUCCUCCCCUGGUUCGAAGUCAAUGAAGUCCACGUCGGUGCGGACGAGUAUGACGCCACCCUUGCAGACGACUACAUCAACUUUGUCAACGAAAUGAAUACCUUUAUCAAUGAGACAUCGGGCAAGAGGACCCGCAUCUGGGGCACGCCCAUGGACGAGCCGACUGAGGACAUUGAGAUUGACACCGACAUCAUCGUCCAGCACUGGCAGCUUGGACAGUCCGACCCACUUGACCUCAUACAGAAGGGUCACGACGUGAUCAACUCGAACGACUGGUGGGCGUACAUGGGUAUCAAAAACGACCACUCCCCCAUCUUCCCGGCCACGUACCCGCAAUUCUUCAACGACUCGAGGAUCCUCGAGUUCGCAGGCGAGGAGGGCUGGCAAUGGACACCAUGGGAUUUCAACCAAGUGAACACGACGCAGCAGGUGGAGGCGGGCGAGGAGAGGCUCAAGGGUGCCAUCUUGGCGGCUUGGAAUGACAACGGUCCGGACGCGUCGACAAAGCUAGAGAUGUAUUACGCCAUGCGAGUGGGCAUUGCUCUCGUCGGCGCCCGGUCAUGGAGUGGCAAAAGGGGGCCAGAGGUGAACCCUGAGACUCUGAAUCCAACCGUCGACUAUUUCUCAGCCAGAGCCCCUGACCAAAAUCUGGACCGUGUCAUCAAAAGCGAUGGCGACGGUCCGCUUGUCAGCUGGGAGCGUUUCGAAGGCGAUGCAGAGGAUCAGGUCAAGCUUGGAUACGGCAGUAAGGGUAUGAACUACACCAUGACCCUCAACGCCGAUGGACCAUUCGUCCUCAAGAGCAAUGAUAAUCGGCUCUCACUCGACGAAAAUGGUAACUUGAUCUGGAACGAGGACGGGUACAUCUACCCUCUUCGCUCAGUCACCGCCGAAGAGGCUUUGAUGCUCGACCCUGGUCAUCCUGGCCGCAUCUGGGUGAACAAGACAUCUACCCACGAGCUCGUCACCGUUAAGACGCCCGCUGAGAUUGUCAUCCGUACCAAUGUCGAGCAUGGUGCGGUGGCGUGGGUCAAUGGGACACUGGCUGGUCGGUUCGAGGUCUUUGUGUACGGCGGGAAGAACACACAGUUCAGCUGGAGCCAGAUGGCGUUUGUCGCCCCUCUUGAAGAGAUUGAGGGCAGUGGACUGGCAAGUGUUGUCGCGGAAGAUGGGGCUACAAUGCCAGUUCCUAGGGAAGGGGAGGGCGGCGAGGAGACACCUCAGCUGCCACCUGGUAGCGCGGUGGGUGUGAGUGUUUCCGUCGGCCUCCUUGGUGUAAUGGCUCUCUUUGCUGUGUAG